AUGCCUAGAGGAAGUGACACUCAUGCUCUACAGUGGGAGUCUCUCCAUCUGGAUGAGAGUCGCUCUAUCAGCUGGAUACUCCAGCGAUGGGAAGACCCAUCAGUCCAUUGGUAUCUGUCUUCCGAUCAGCUCCCAGGUAGUAAAUCCCCCGCUCUCACAACGAUGCUAUUCUUGGUGAAGGAAGAUGGGUUGUUUGACCCAGUCACGCCGAUUGACCCGGGGCUUCUUCAAUGGAACUCGUAUUGCCCGGAUCCUGUUGAUCGCCUUGUGCAAGAAAUGUUCCAGGACGUGGUCGCUGCUACCCCAGAAGCCUCCGCAGUGGCCGCCUGGGACGGUGAACUUAAUUACCGGGAACUUGAUCGCCUUUCGUCCCGACUGGCUGGAGUGCUACAAAGUGAUUUUGGUGUGGUGUCAGAGACGAUUGUCGCCCUCUGCUUUGAGAAGUCCGUCUGGGCGAUUGUGGCCAUGCUGGCCGUAGUCAAAGCCGGAGGAGCUUUCCUGCAUAUUGACCCCCAGCAUCCUCCGGCUCGGCACCAAGCUAUGAUCAAAAGCACCGCUUCUAAGUUGUUCCUAUGUUCGGAGCAGACACGCGAUAAAGUGGUGAGAUCCGUCCCCGACUGCCCAUCUCUGGUGAUACACCGUGAAAUGUUCGCGGCUCAGCCGGAUCAUGCGCAGCAGGACACCGUCAUCUCUUCCGGGAAUCUAGGUCCCACAAAUGCGGCCUAUGUCGUUUGCACAUCGGGCAGCACUGGGACACCGAAGGCCAUUGUCGUCGAGCAUGUUUCGCUUUGUAGCAGUGUGACGGCCCAGGCCAAAGCAAUGGAUAUUACGGCUGGAUCACGCGUGCUACAAUAUGCAGCAUAUACAUUUGAUGUCAGCAUCGGCGACAUCUUCGCAGCCUUGACUCACGGGGCAUGUAUCUGCAUUCCGUCAAACUGGGAAAGAGCGCAUGAUUUAUCCGGUGCUAUCAAUCGCCUGGGUGUCAAUCAAGCAUGUCUAACCUCGACUGUCGCUAGUCUUCUCACCCCAGUGGAGGUCCCAAAACUGAAGAAACUUACGCUGGGAGCCCUGAAGAAUAUCUACGGGCCUGCGGAAUGUACAGUAUGGUGCAUAAUCCAGCCUGACGUCUCUUCUGGUACUGCCGUAUCUAACAUCGGUCAUGCCAUUGGUGCGCGGGCCUGGAUCGUCCAUCCUGAGAACCACGACCGGCUUAUGCCUAUUGGAGCUGUGGGGGAGCUACUCAUCGAAGGGCCACUGGUGGCAAGGGGAUAUCUAAAUGAUCCCGUGAAGACAAACGCGGUCUUCCUUGCGCAGCCUCCCAUAUGGCUGGCGUCUUUUGGCCCUCCGCCCCCUCGCAGUCGAUUCUAUAAAACAGGGGAUCUGGCACGCUAUGGGCCUGGCGGGGCAUUGCUUUUUGAAGGUCGCAAGGAUACGCAAGUCAAACUUCGAGGCCAACGUAUCGAGCUGGGUGAGGUUGAGUAUCGCCUCCAUCAGGCCCUGUCUGAUUUAUCAUCUUCGGCGGCCGUUGAGUUGGUGCAUCCCAAAGAAUCAACAGCGCCGCUCCUGUGUGCAUUCAUCACCUGGGAUGAGGGAAUCGAUCUUGAUCUCCAACCGGCAAAACCACCUCUCUCAGCUUGCUUGACACCCACCGCACGAAAGCGCUUCAACCAUAUGGUCUCACUUUUGCAGACCGAGAUGGAGCGCACACUCCCUGCAUACAUGAUACCGGGACUAUGUUUCCCGGUUCAUAAGCUUCCUUUGACCACUUCUGGAAAACUGGAUCGCAAGGCACUGCGAUAUUUCUGUACCCAGCACUCCCUCGCCUUUUUAUCUACUUUUGAAAAUAAAAACGUAAACUCUCCUACAGACGGUGCCACUGAUUCAUUUGCUGCUCCACUUGAGACUGUCAGCCCGGCUGAGUCAACCCUGGCUCAACUAUGGGCACAGGUCUUGGGAAUGAAAACCGACAGCAUCAGUCGGAAGGAUAACUUCCUCUCCCUGGGAGGUGACUCACUGGCAGCAAUGAGGCUGGAACCUAGUGCCAUUUGA